AUGUCUUCUACUUGUCCACUCAGUCGUAUGGCUGUUGUUCAGGAUAUGGAUACUGCUGCCCACGUAGAUAGUGUCUGUUGUCACGAUGGUUGCGGUCCUUCGGGGGCUACGUGUUGUGAAAGUGGUGGUAGCUGUCCUUCGGGUUACACUUGUUGUACCAAAGAUUGCGCGCCUGCG